AUGAAGCGAACGCUGUCGGGUCCGAGGCCCCUGGACGUGACGGCAAGCUUCAUGGCGGCUGGGGAGGCCGCAGAAGCGGUGGCGGCCGAGGGCGCCUACUACUUGGAGCAACUUUCAGAAGUUACUAUAACUGAAGCAUCUGAAGAUGAUUAUCAGUAUGAUGAGGUAUCAGAACAAGAUGAUUUAAGUAUUCCAGAAGGUGAUGAAGAUCUGACAAAAGCCCUUCAGGUUAUUCAAGAAAAGAAAGAAGAUGCGGCUAUUAUGAACCAGAAAACAGUUAUGCCUACUAAGCAAUCAUUGUCUGAAGUACCUGAAGUGGUAGAAGACUUUCUCUGCAAUUUCCUCAUCAAAAUGGGAAUGACCAGAACUCUUAACUGCUUUCAAAAUGAAUGGUAUGAAUUAAUUCAGAAGGGUUCAUUUAAACCUCCAGAUGUUAGAUUUGUUCCAGAUGUCUAUACUCAGAAUAUGCUUUUGGACAGUGAGAACAAAACUUUGAAGAAGGAUUUAAAGCACUAUAAGGAUGCAGCUGAAAAAGCUAGAGAAGACUUAUUGAAAGCUCAGAAAGAACGUGAUUUCCAUCGAAUGCAUCACAAACGGAUAGUCCAGGAAAAGAACAGUCUUAUUAGUGAUCUCAAAGGGUUGAAGUUACAUUAUGCAUCAUAUGAGCCAACUAUAAGGGUGUUGCAUGACAGGCACCAUAUUUUACUGAGGCAGAAAAUGCUUACCUCCUUGGAAAGAGACAAAGCAGUUGGGCAGAUUACAGGACUUCAAACAACGUUAAGGAAUUUGGAAACAGGACAUAGCCUCCAGGUCCCUGAGAUUAGAGUAGGUCACAGAUGUGACAGAGAAGAUAAACCAGAAGGUCCGACACAGAAAGCUAUUCGUGAAGCCAGGGAACAAGCCAGACCUAAAGUAAAACUGAAAUCCAGUACAAAGGAUUCAGAAUUUCCCAUCAAUAUACAACCAAAUCCAAACUUAUAUUUCUACAAAGAAAAUAUUUCUCCACCAAAAACUGAAUACAAGCUAAGCAACAUUUUUAGACUGCAUGAGCUUCCAGUGAGCUGUGUUGCCAUACACCCUCGAAAAGAAAUCUUAGUGUCCUGUAGUGAAGAUCGCCACUGGAAGAUGGUGGGCAUCCCCAAAGGCAAUGUAAUACUGACAGGUUGCGGUCACACUGAUUGGCUUUCUGGCUGCUGCUUCCAUCCAAGUGGUACCAAGUUGGCUACCUCCAGUGGAGAUACUACAGUGAAAUUGUGGGAUCUGGUCAAGGGUGAUUGCAUUCUGACCCUGGGAGGACACAGUCAUGCUGUCUGGUCCUGCACAUGGCAUUCCUGUGGAGAUUUUGUAGCUUCUUCCUCAUUAGAUACAACUGGCAAAGUCUGGGAUGUCAAUAGUGAAAGAUGCAGAUAUACCUUACGUGGUCACACAGACUCAGUCAACAGCAUUGAAUUUUUUCCUUUCUCCAAUACCCUUCUCACCAGCUCUGCAGACAAAUCCUUGUCUAUUUGGGAUGCUAGAAUGGGUUGCUGUGCCCAGUCCCUCUAUGGUCACAUGCAUUCCAUCAAUGAUGCUACUUUCACAGCAAGGGGCCACAUGAUUGCAUCCUGUGACACUUGUGGUGUGACAAAAAUAUGGGACUUUCGGAAACUUCUACCAAUGGUAUCUAUUGAUAUAGGUCCAAGCCCAGGCAAUGAGGUGGCCUUUGAUUCAUCAGGUCGAGUUUUAGCUCAGGCGAGCGGCAACGGGGUUAUCCAUUUGCUAGAUCUCAAAUCAGGUCAGAUUCGCAAACUGAUGGGCCACGAGAGUGAAGCGCACAGCGUAGUGUUCUCUCACGACGGAGAGAGCUUAUUUUCUGGGGGAUCUGACGGAACUGUUCGAACGUGGUCCUGA